UUCGCAAGAUAAAUUUGACAUUUCGUUUGUGCGGGUGUUGUUAUUAUUAAAUAUAAUUGUUAUUACAAUAAUGAAAUAAUAUUAUAAACUGCCAAAGAUAUAUUUAAAAGGUUCUAUGAACAAUGUUAAGUGUUAGUUGUGAAAUAUCAUGUUCUAAUAAAAUUGUGCAAAUCGGCUAUAAUGAUAUUCAGGUAUGAGUUUUCUUCACUUGCUGUUUACCGAAAAUAUAAUCUGCCUUAUGAAAUACUGAUCUCAAAAAAAUGUUGGGAAUAGAGUGCACUUUUUUUGUUAUUAGCGCAACGUAAUGCGAAGAACUCGUGCUGCGGUCAUUUGCUGCAGCAGCAGAAGGCCGCGUGGGCGGAGACGGCGCUUCACUGGAUAAUAGAAAAUUCAAAAUUUUUAUCUAACCAUUUGUCUUAAAAAUAAUCAUACGAAAUACUCUACCAUUUAGUAAUUAAUCUUCCUUCUGCAAACCUUCAACUGAUCAAUUUGAUAUGUGAUAUACUAAUAUCUAUUAUAUUAUUUAAUAACUAAGAUAUUUAUGAAUCUGUAUUAUAUUAUACAUAAUCCACAAUUGGAAAAUAAGCACUUCUGGAAAGAAACAGUAUUGAAACAUACAAGUAUAAAAAUAUUGAAAAAUAAUUAAUUCUGAUAGAAAAAUAUUGCCGAAUAACUUGUGAAUACGGCUGAGGAGAUUAUAGAUUGAUUGAAAAUUUAAAACUGAACCGCCGAAAUGUUAGCAAGAAAAACUUGGUUGAUUCGCGUCAGUUUUUUCGUAAAUGUAGCUUUGCUGCUUUAUUUGGCGGUUUUUCGGGAUGCCGGAACUCCAGUGGGUACUCCCAUGAGUAGUGGUACGGAGCCCGCAGCAGGAGGAGGUGUUGAAAUUAAACAAACUGGGAGGAUGUUAGCUAAUUAUUUGUUAGAGAAAUUCAAUGUAGCAGGUGAACAAAAGGUUACAAAUGGGGCAGAAAUAGAGCAGCAAACAAAACCUUUGGCUGAACCAUUGCAGCAGUCGACUGAAGAAAAGAACGAUAUAGCUGCGGAUCUGUCACGUCAAUUGGCUGAUUGCCAAGCUGCAUUGACCCCUUCAAAGGAUAAAACCAGUGUUCCUCAAACAACAGUUCCCGCUAUUAACCCACCUUCUCCACAAGAAUCUAUUACUCCGGGAUUAGCUGUUCUGGAUUUAAAUGCCGAUGAUGAUCUGCAGGCUAAACUUAAAAAUUUGCUUCGCUGCAAUAACCGUGAUUACGUUACUCGAACUGAGCAAAGGGGUGAUUUUUGGGUGCUGCGUAACUAUAUACAAGCUGGACACGGAGCUCUCGGAUGCACUGAUUCUAUAACAUAUACUACUCACGCUGAUUACACAUUUUUGGAUAAUGUUAUCCCUUUAUUGGAACGUUGGAGAGGACCCUUAAGUCUGGCCUUACAUGCUCCUGGCACGGAUUUUGCGCCAACAUUGGAUACUAUACGAUAUCUUAGAGAUUGUGCGCCGGGUUCUGAGCUCGUUAGAGAAUAUGUUACUUUUCAUAUUUACUUUGGCAGCAAACAUAUGCCCAAGCAACUUCCGAAACCUGCGGAGGCAUUAUCAGAUGCGCAUUCUUUUAAUUGCUCUUUACCUGCACCAUAUGUGAAUGCCAAUGCUUCAUUACUUUACAAAGCAAAACAUAAACUUUUGUAUCCUGUGAAUGUUGGGAGAAAUAUAGCAAGGGAGGCAGCACUUACGCACUUUAUUUUAGCUAGUGAUGUUGAAUUAUAUCCUAGCCCAGAUCUGAUUAGAAAAUUCCUAGAAAUGAUUGCAAGAAACGAAGGAUCUCUGUUGAGGAAAAACCCUAGAGUUUUUCCUUUAAGCAUAUUUGAAGUCAAUGAAGGCCAAGAGAUUCCUAAAGAUAAAACAACUUUAACAUCAAUGUUAAGUAAAAAUUUAGCCAUACCAUUCCAUAAAAGACUAUGUCCCAGUUGUCACAAAGUACCAAAGGCAGAACAGUGGGUGAAAGCUAAUGAAACAGAAGGUUUAGGUGUAUUUACUGUAGGUAAGCGAAUAGGUCAAUUUAUUAAUUGGGAACCAAUUUACAUAGGGACACACGAUGAUCCCUUAUAUGAUGAACGGUUAAGUUGGGAAGGAAAAAAAGACAAAAUGACGCAGGGUUACGCAUUGUGCGUUUUGGAUUAUGACUUUCUGAUAUUGGACAAUGCUUUUCUCGUGCAUAAACCAGGCAUAAAAAUCUAUAAGAUAGAUCCUAAAAGACAAGUUUUAUCUACAAAAACAAAUAAAUUAAUUAAAUUAAUUAUCUUUCCUGAACUCAAAGUGCUUUAUGGUGUUCGAAAGGGAUGUGCCGUUUAGCAUCGUGAACAUUUUGCAGUGAGAUUAGCUACACGAUUAAAACAGUUAUAUAGAAAUAUAUUUUUAUUAUAAUAAACAUUAGUGUCAUUAUGCAAUAUGAAUUGUGAAAAUGGUAAUUGACACUUCUUUAUUAUGUUGUGAAGUCGUGCAAUCUAGUAUAAGAGGCUACACUUGCCGUAAUUAAUUUAAUAUUCUGUAUAAAACAAUAUUGUACAAUCAAUUAAUUCUGUAUGUAUAAUUAAUUUUUGUUGAAAUGUACAAUAAGAUUUCAUAUGAAUUCCA